AUGACAACCUACGAUAUCCAAAACUAUCUUUUGGAUAGAGCUAAUAUCCACGAUACCGUGACUAAAAUGUCAAUGUACCUCGACAUGUCCCGCAUCGAAGCCCUCAAAAAAGAAGUCUUCCACACCAAAGUCCUCGUCGAUUACACGAGUAUGUUUAGUGGAGAGCCGAAGUUGGUCAAUGGGGAGGAGCAGGUUGAUAGUUGGGCGAAGCAGAUUUCGAAGAUGGAUAGUUGGCAGCAUGUUACUACAGGUAUCUUGAUUGAAUUGCCGCAGCCUGGUGCGGGCGUUGACGUUCCGGAGACUGCGACAGUGUUGGCGAAUUGUACGGUCAAUUUGUCGAGGAAGGGGGCGAAAGGGGAUUCGGAUACUAGGAACGGGGGUCGAUAUCAUAUCGAGCUUACACGGACGAACCAAGCGGGUAAUCCUUGGAGGAUCUCAAAGUUAAAGGCUGAUUUGGUGUGGGCUGCUGGGAAUUGGGAUGUCUACUCUGCGAUGGACUGA